AUGUGGUGGAUUCAUCCUCUGCUCAAGCGCGGCUACCAGUCACCUCUAGACGAGAACAGUGUCUGGGACCUCCCCACCGAUGACCAAGCUCGUCCACUUCAAGUAAAAUUCGACAAAUCCUAUGAGCUCGAGUCAGAAAAAGUCGUUGGGAAAUCCAAAAGAAAUGGUUCACCCAAACGUCCAAACGUGAAUCGAGCCAUCUGGGAGAGUGUCAAACAAACAUGGGGGAUCGCGCUCGUGCUUCACGUGGCAAGUGCUGGCCUCAUUCUCUUCCAACCGUUCUUGAUCAAGGCCAUCUUACAAACUAUCAAUGGCGAAGAGAAUUCGCUCGGCAUCUCGUCAGGAUACGCUUUGGCUGUCUUUCUAGGACAAUUCCUCACGACCCGCGUUGCCUGUAACGCGCGCAUGAUUUGCAUCAACAGCGCGUUUCGGAAGAUCCUACGCCUCUCCGCUAUAGCUCGACGAACGAUGGAUACUGGGGAGAUAGUGACGUUUGUGGGGGUUGACAGUGACCGAGUUCUCUCGGCAUACAAAUUGGGUAUGUGGUGCACUAUUUCGCCACUCAUGUUGAUGGUCGUGGGGGUUCUGAUCGGCACGCAAAUGGACGUGAUCAUUGGUGAUUAUCGUCGUCAAAUCUCUCGAUUAAGUGCGAAUCGGUUGAAAGUUACGAGCGAAAUGUUACAAGGCAUUCGGGAUAUCGCACUACUGCGCAAGUACAACUACGUACGUCUUGCCAACACUGUACUGAUGUUCUUGGCCCCAACGCUGCUCAACUUGGUGUGUUUCACUACGACGAUCCUUCUGGGUAACACUCUCGAUAUCCCGACAACAUUCGCUAUCGUGGCACUAACAAAUGCGUGUAGAACACCGUUCAGCAUCUUCGCAGACGCCUCAGUUGCUGUUGCUGAAGCUAUCACGUCAACGAACGCGACCACACCAACGUUAUCUAACAUCAGCGUAUCACUCCAACCUGGCUCUCUCACUGUCGUAGUCGGCUCCGUUGGUAGUGGUAAGUCCAGCCUUGUUAACGCUAUCCUCGGUGAGAUGCUCCAAACCCGUGGUAAGCGUCCCGUUAAUGGUAACAUUGCCUAUGCCAGUCAGCAAGCGUGGAUCCAGAACCAAACUGUACGUGAGAAUAUUCUCUUUGGGGAAAGUUACGAAAACGAACAUUGUCAAAAUGUGGUCGCUGCUUGCCAACUCACUCCAGACUUCAAGAUACUUGAACACGGAGAUCAAACGGAGAUCGGAGAGCGUGGCAUCAAUUUGAGUGGCGGUCAGAAGGCUCGCAUCGCUGUGGCUCGUGCCAUGUAUCGUGCUGCUAAGUUCGAUUUUGUUGUACUGGAUGACCCUCUCAGUGCUUUGGACGUGCAUGUGGCGAAUGCAGUAUUCUCGGACGGUCUUAUGGGGAUAGCGAGUCGAACAACGAGGUUGUUGGUGUUGAACUCGCACUACCAUUUGUUACAACACGCCGAUCGAGUGUUGGUCAUGUCUGACGGGCAGAUUGUGGGGGAUGGCACGUUGACGGAGCUACAAGACCAGUUCACGCUCUUGCGUUCUUCGCCACGACUACCACCAUCUUCUGGAAAACUAACGACGACAGAAGAGCGACUUGUGGGGGCUGUCAAGUUGCAAUCGUACGUCGACUAUCUCGCCAGCUCGGAAUGGGAUGGACGUGUUCUUGUUGGGCUCAUGAUCGUGUUGUUUACUAUUGCUCAAGUGGUGUUGUUCGGGUGUGAUUGGUUCCUGAGUCAGUGGUCCCAAGAUUCGUUGGGGCUCAGCCAGAUGAGCUCACUAACAGUAUAUAUCGGGAUUGUCGUCCUAGCAGCUCUCCUGUCCCUGGGUCGGUGUCUCUUCUUCAUGACCAUCUGCAUGGUCUGUUCACUGAAGAUCCACUUUAAACACCUGCAGAAGGUGAUGGCAGCUCCGAUCACCACGUUCUUCGAUGUCACACCCAUCGGUCGGAUCUUGAACCGGUUUUCUAGAGAUCUCGACGAGGUUGACAACCCUUUACCGUACUGGGGUCUGUGGCUGGUGCUGUGCAUUUUCCAAGUGGCUUCUUCCUUUAUCGUCUGUGCGUUCGUGAACCCAUUCGUACUGAUCGUGUACGCUCCAGUCGGGUACGGAUGCUGGUUCGCUGCCAAUGUUUACCGAGCUUCCGCUCGAGAGCUGAAGCGUCUGGACGGAGUCACCCGAUCACCUUUCCUUAACUUAAUGUCCGAGACCAUCUCGGGUAUCGAGACUGUGCGGUCGUACAAAAUGGUGGACGCCUUCGCCUCUCGAUGCGAAGAACUGCUCAACAGAAACAUGAGGAUUUUCUUCCUGGCGCAGGUAUCAGGUCGCUGGUUCGACGUGGGAUCCGACUGGCUCGUAUCGUUGAUCAUUGGAGCUGUGGCCGUUCUUGCGAUUGCAGCCAAGUCCACUGUGGGUGCAUCGGUUGCAGGUCUCGGGUUGACGUACGCAGCUCAGUUGUCAUCCAGUUUCCAACGGAUGACUACACUUGCCACUAAAGUCGAAAGUAGCAUGACGAGCUUCGAACGUAUUGCUCACUAUGGAUCACUUGAUGAAGAAGGGUACGAGCGUACACCCUCCAACAAAUCUACGCUAUCUCCUGCUUGGCCGAAGACUGGCGACGUCGUAUUCGAGAACGUCUCCAUGAGGUAUCGAGAAGACCUCCCACUGGUGUUGAAAAGUGUUUCUUUUUCUGUAGCUAGCGGGGAGAAGGUUGGUAUCUGUGGACGUACCGGGUCCGGAAAGAGCUCACUUAUGAGUGUACUUUUCCGAGUUGUAGAGAUCCCAACGUCCGGUCGCGUACUCAUUGACGGAGUGGAUAUCUCUACCGUUACGGUACACCAAUUGAGAUCAAAGCUGACGAUCAUUCCGCAAGAUCCGAUGCUUUUCAGCGGGUCACUACGUUUGGACCUGGACCCGUUUGCUGACAAGAGCGAUGCGGAGUUGUGGGAGGUUCUGCGCAAGGUUCAUUUGGCUGAUACGGUGUCAUCGUGGGGAAAAGGACUCGACUAUGAGGUAGCGGAGAAGGGGGACAACUUGUCCGUGGGGCAACGUCAAUUACUGUGCAUCGCUCGUGCACUGAUCCGAGACAGUAAAGUGAUCGUGAUGGAUGAAGCGACAGCCAAUGUGGAUCAGGAGUCGGAUAAGUUGAUCCAACAGACGAUGAAGGAGAGUUUUGGCGGGGGUGACAGCACUGUGCUGUGCAUUGCGCACCGUAUCGAGACGAUCAUGGACAGUGACAAGAUUUUGGUAUUGGAUGCAGGCCACGUGGUAGAAUACGACACGCCAACUGUGUUGUUGCAAAAGAAAGCGGGUAUAUUCAAGUCUCUUGUAGCCUGCGGAAAAAAGUGA